AAACAUCGGAAAACAUCGGCAGAAAAACAUCGAUGCUCGAUGCAUCGAUGUUUUUUUACAUCACUACUGCCGACCUCUGUUGUGAAGGGCUGGGAAGGCCACUGGUGGCCAAACACCGCGAAACAUGUCACCGAAAUACACGCACGCGAUUGUGGCCAGAAUCUCGGAGGCUCUACUCGAGAGCGGGCCUUUCGACCUGAAAUUGGCUAAACGACAGCACGAACAAUACUGCACUCUGCUGCGGGAGAUUGGCCUGGAUGUGAUUGAACUGCCCCCCGACGACAUGCUACCGGAGGGCGUAUUCGUCGAGAACUGUGCGGUGAUCUGCAAUGGAGUGGCCCUCAUAUGCCGAUCGAAUAACCCCAAGCGUCGACGCGAGGCAGCCAGCAUGGCCAUUAUUUUAAAGAAAGAGCUUGAUAUUCCCGUCAUAGAAAUGGAAGACCCUCAUGCCCGGCUGGAUGGCGGGGAUGUGCUCUUCACGGGACGAGAGUUUUUCAUUGGCAUAUCUGGGUCUACCAACGAAGAAGGAGCGCGAGCCGUGGCAAUGGCAUAUCCCGAGUAUCCAGUCACACCAAUUCGGGUAAAUGGAUCAAAACGUUUAAAAUACUACGUCACCAUGGCCGGGCCGGAUGUUCUGUGUGUAAGCAAGAGUGCACCGUGCCAGGAGAUCGUGAAGCGGAUGGAGCGAGAAGCUAGCUUCACUUACCAGAAGCUAACACUGCCCGAGGAGACUGCGGCGAAUAUGUUGUACAUAAAUGGAACCAUUGUCCACAGAUCCCCAACGGAAAUUCCAGAUGCAUACAAGACUUUGAAGGAGAAAAUUGACAUUCCAACACGCAACGUAAACAUAAGCGAAUUUAGUCAGUACUCCAGUGGGUUGACCUCUUCCUGCCUCUUGCUGCGACGCUGGAAGUCCAUACGCAGCAUCUAAGGAAAGAGGAGUAUAGUAUCAUUACCCCUACAAAUUGCCAUCAGAAACACGCACAGCGCUAUGUCACCAUAGACAAUGGUGGCAUCUAUCAGCAAUAUCGUAUUAUAAUUUACACAUUUCUUGUUAUUAUUAUUGUUCUAAACCUAAGAUAAAAUAUUUAAUAUUGAUUUAAGCGAACAUCCCGAUGGUCGUCUCAACGGCUAUGACAAUUGGGGUGGUGUUUUUACGCCCUUUAGCAUUGUUGUCGAAUCAUUUAAUUCGUUAUAGAUCACAUCAUCAUCAGCAUAAUCAGCAUCACAUAUUAUGUGUGCACUCGAGUAAAAACCAAAACCAUCAUGAGAUAAAAACUUGUUCCACUAUGCUCCCUAUCUACGGAUUCCAGAUUUAUCCAGAAAACAAACUGAAAAUAACUUAUAAUAACUAAUCGAAUUGAUACAUAUGUAUGUAUUUAUAUGUGUGUUUUCUUAACAAGAAGUUGUUAAGAAGUAGUUGUAUUCCAUCAGUCCUCAAAAUAAAUGCCAACAUUUGUAA